UUGGCGAUAACAUACUCAUGGAUGCUCCUGACAAGAUGAUAUUAGUAUUCGUGAUUAUAAUCCUCAAGUGUAUUGUUGCUGCUCUGAGUUUUCCAAGGACAGGCAAGAUGCUCUCUGACCUGGAUGACGCUGAUCCUUUUAGAAAACAAAGUGUCGACAGACUAGCUGCCGAGGAGAACAGCCUUAUUGAUGAUCUAGAGCUGAAACUGGAUUCAAUAAACCCAGUUGACGGUGACUACAUGGUUUUACCAGACGACACAGCUCCAGAAGACAAGAAACACAAACCUAAAAAACAUAAGGAAAAGCCAUUACAUGUUGAGAAUGAUAUAGAUACAAUUAUUGAUGAUUCUGUAAGGAAAACGGUGGAUGCUUUAGAAUUUUCCCAUAAUAAAAAACAAAACGCACAUGAAAUUGAAGCAGCGCGAAAUACCGCCAUCAGGAACAUGAAGAAACUAGUGAAAGAAAUUUUAAAUAGAAUAAUGCCUACUUCCCGAUAUGUUGGUGAAUCAUUCGACAGUAAUACAGACCCAACGUAAGAAGUUAGUUCUUUCGUUACAACCAACUGAACUUGUCAGUUGUUUCUACUAGUCGUAUCGUCCAUAACUAACUGAACUAGUCAGUGCUGCUAUCAGUUGAACUUGUCGGUGCUUCUAUCAACCAAUCAUCUAGAAUCAACUGAACUUGGUGCUUCUAUCAACCAAUCAUCUAGAAUCAACUGAACUUUGUGCUUCUAUCAACCAUCUAGAAUCAACUGAACUUUGUGCUUCUAUCAACCAAUCAUCUAGAAUCAACUGAACUUGCUGCUUCUAUCAACCAACCAUCUAGAAUCAACUGAACUUGCUGCUUCUAUCAACCAACCAUCUAGAAUCAACUGAACUUGGUGCUUCUAUCAACUAACCAUCUAGAAUCAACUGAACUUUGUUCUUCUAUCAACCAAUCAUCUAGAAUCAACUGAACUUGGUGCUUCUAUCAACUAACCAUCUAGAAUCAACUGAACUUUGUUCUUCUAUCAACCAAGCAUCUAGAAUCAACUGAACUUUGUUCUUCUAUCAACCAAUCAUCUAGAAUCAACUGAACUUGGUGCUUCUAUCAACCAAUCAUCUAGAAUCAACUGAACUUGGUGCUUCUAUCAACUAACCAUCUAGAAUCAACUGAACUUUGUUCUUCUAUCAACUAAUCAUCUAGAAUCAACUGAACUUGGUGCUUCUAUCAACCAAUCAUCUAGAAUCAACUGAACUUGGUGCUUCUAUCAACCAAUCUUGUCCAGCCAUAAUGUUGGUGUAUAUAUCGGUUAACCACCAAAAUUGAACUGAAUGAAGCUGAUGCCUCUAUCGAUGAAAUAUUUCAAUUAGUCACUGUUGUCGAGCCACCUAAAUUCAGGUCUAAAGAUUGGAAAAAUUGAAUCAGUGACUAUAAGUUUGUGAACCAGCUGGUUUCAGUUUGCUGUAACUACCAGUAAACUAUCUGAAUUCAAUUCUUAUGUGUCAAUAACUAUUGGUACACUACCUAAAUUAAACUACAAAGUUGU